GAUGCUUUCGUACUUGAAGUAUAAAUACCAAACGAAAUCAGCGGAUUGGCAACAGUUUCUGAAACCUGCUCAACACAACAGCACAGACGGUGUUAUCUGCAAUUGCUCAACAAGUACUCGCAAAUAUCCAAAAACGGCACCGGCUGACUAACAUACACUCGAAAGUCAUCAGAUACAACAGCAGCAGCAGAUAAUCUUUCAAUCAGAACCAACAAAUAAAAAAAUGUACUCAACUAAGUGCCUAAUUAUUACCAUCGCUGUGAUUGCCCUCUGCAGUCUAUUUGAAGUCACACUGGCUCUUCCCUCCAUUGGUCACUACAAUAAACGCUUCGAUUCCUUAGGUGGCAUUGACUUCAUACAGAUUUGCCUCAACAAUUGCGCGCAGUGUAAGAAAAUGUUUGGUGACUAUUUUCAGGGACAGACGUGCGCUGAGUCCUGCUUGAAAUUCAAAGGCAAAGCCAUUCCGGACUGUGAAGACAUUGGUUCCAUUGCACCAUUCCUCAAUGCACUUGACUAAAUCGAAGAGCGACUGCUGGUGAUGACUGCUCAAUAAGCUGCGUAUUGCUUUGAUCUAGUAUAUUUUUAUCCGAUUCCGCAAACUAUGACACAUAGUCGUGAGCUUUGAUUUAGUUUUAUUUUUUGGGUCAAUGCAACAUUUGCUUGUGACUUAUAAAAACUUAUUGUCUUCUGUAUUGAAUGAACUUUGAACAUUCAUUGGUGAAUUUUAUUGUAAUUUUUUAUAUUCAUGCAAAUUCACUGAAAGCCAUUCAUUUAAAUAUAGUAUCUUGUAGUUACUCAGGCUUUAUUUUUAGUUCGUAGUUAUUUAUUAACGAGCGCUCGUAACAAUUUGAAGUUCCUAUUGUA